AUGGCUUCGAGUACAGUACCCAUUGCUUUGCCAGCCACCACCACUGGCGCGGGUGUCGGACAGCAACCGCCUCCACAAGGAGCAGCACCGCAGCAACCUCCAGUCCAGCGGCUCAUUGAUCCAGCUCAAGGCGCUUUCAUCGGUGGUGAUCCAACAACAAAUAUUGAUGUACCUGUGACGUUCCUUUUCUUGCUGCUCUUUGCGGCUGGUGCGUAUACGCACAUCAGGAUCUACCGCGCCAAUGCCAAGCGAGGGCACAAAUUUUUGCUCUCGGAUCUCAUGUUCGACUUCUGCAUGGUGAGAAGCGUCACAUGCAUCAUGCGCAUUGUUUGGGCGUUCGAAAAGGAUCGAGUUGUCAUCCUCAUCGCCCUCAUUGUUCAAUUCGGAGGAAUUAUCCGGUCAAUUCACCCGAAUUUCGGAUGGCACCCAGCAGUCAGAGUCUUCACCCUCUUUUUCUUGUUCUCAGUUCCGGCCGUCAUUGUCCUAAACAGUACUUCUAUUGGCGUCUCAUUCUAUAAGAUUGAGGAUCAAGAUCGCGUUGACACAGCUCUCAACCUCCUCAAAGCUGGCAUAUCCUGGAUUAUGCUACUUGCGGCGUUACCCGUCAUCGCUGUUGUCUCAGCAUCAAUCAUCCCUGGUCCCAGGCCUGAAAGGUUUGGCCAAGGCGACACUCAUCAGAAGAUCGCUGUGCUCCUGGUUGGCGCUACUCUGUUGAUUGCCGGGCAUGCCGUGCGACUUGCAGCAACGGUUCUGGGCGACCCACCAACAACGACAAACGUAAUAUACAGCAAAGAAUUAUUCUACACCAGUGGCUUCAUGUUGGAAAUAUUCGUUGUGGUCUUCUACGCGGUAGUGCGUGUCGACUUACUAUUUCAUGUCCCCAACGGAUCGAAGGGACCAGGCGACUACUCGAGGAAGCCGAAGCCUGGUGAAGAAGAUUACGAAGCCGCACUCCUUACUAAAGAAGAGAUUGAGGAUGAACUCAUCGGGCUUGGUCACCCUUACGAGAUUGUCGACUCUUCUGGUCUCGGUAGAGACGGUUCUGGACGCACUAUUGUCGCCUUCAGCACGAGGCGCAUGAACGGCGAGAAACCAGUUGUGCUACCGCCACGACCAGAAGCAUACAGCCGUGUCAUGUCUAUCCGGGGAUCUGUCAGGUCCAUGCGUGGCUCUCUGAGAUCUGCCCGUGGUGGCCUGUCGCGAAUGAUGUCCACGCGGAUGACAUCGGUUCCUUACCUGAACGAAGUUGAAGUUGGCCACCCUGAGAUCAGAGAGAAUCCAUUCGGAACACCUCCAGUCAGCCAAUAUGGUGUGGCACAGCCAUUGUUUAUCCAAUCGAGGUUCAGUAGAUAUACGGACCCCGAGGAUGAAACGACACAGCUGCGGCCUGAAAGCCAAGCAACUUCUGGUGAGAUUCCACUGAGUUUGGAUCGGGAAGGUCUUGGGCCUUACGAAGGAAGACCAUUGGCACGUCGUUCGUCAGUACAAAAGUUUACGAUCCUCGAAAGAGAAGGGGGUCCUUUGAAAUAG